AUGCAUUUCAAUAUUCACUCUGUCUCUAUGUUGCUCGCUAGUUUAGCUGCAGCUGAGACCCUCUCUACCACGACUUCUCCCUCUAUCACUCCCACUUCAGCUCCCUACUCCUCCGCCCUCUCAAGCCGUGUAUCUACGACCCCAUCCCAAUCAUGGUCCUCAGUCGCAGCGGCCGGAUCUUCUCAGGCCGCUAGCGGCAACUUGAACCCCGAUGAUUUCGACUGCGUAUACGAAAACUACGGUUGCGAUUGGACCAAGUCCGAGUACGGCUACGGUGCCGACUACUGCGGCUCCUCGCCAUAUAAGGCUGGCCAUAAGCUGUCUGAUGGCGGUGUGAUCCUUGCUGUAUCCAAGGACGGCAGUGGAGAUUGUGAAUCGAAGAAGCCAAUGCUGUACAGUUCUGGCCAAUGA